AUGCUCAUCACGCUGUGCUACCUCUACCUGUGGGCGCGCUGGGGGCGCCAACCGGCCGCGCUCGUGCGCGCGACGGUGCAGCGGCUGCGCGCCUCGCGCUGCUCCUUCACCUUCUGCGGCGCGGCCGCGCGGCCCCAGGGCGCCCGCGUGUGCUUGAGCCGCGGCGGCCGCGUCUUCUGCGUCGGCGAGAGCCAGUCCAUUGAUGACUUGAACAAAUGGGCCCUGUUUCUUGUCUCUCCUUUUAUACUUGAAGCAGAACACAUAGCAUUUGUGACAGAGAGCAUUUGGGUGCAAGGUGAGAGUUUACAGAGACCGGCUUCCUCUUCAGAAACCAUUGUGAAGUGGUCCGACUGCUGUUUGCCAUUAGCUUGCAGACCUGGGGAUCCUUAUCAAUUAAUCGCUGAAGCAAGCGUGGAUGACUUCAGUAAGCUGGGGGUGGCGUUCAUGGAAGAUAGACUCCAGAUGGCUGAUGGAUUGGUACCUCAAAAGAUUGUUUCAGUGCACUUGCAGGACUGUACUCUGAAGGCACUUGAGGAUCAAGCCUCAAACAAGCAAGCCCAGACCCUACAGCAGAAUCCUGAACCUUCCGCUGAGAGUAAGCCUGAGCCGGACAUUAUGGAGUGCAUUGGUAGAGAUGAUCCCAAGGUUCUUGGUGCACAACCCACACUGGGGACAGGGGAUGCCUUUGGCAGUGAGCCUGCCGGGGAGGGUGACAGAGGAGUAGGCUCUGUCGAGCACUGUCCCCUCCAUCUGUCUAGUUGCCAUGAGUGUCUGGAGCUUGAGAACAGUACCAUUGAAUCUGUCAAGUUUGCAUCUGCAGAGAACAUUCCAGAUCUUCCCUAUGAUCACAGUGGCAGUUUGGAGGAUGUUGCUGAUGAUAUCCGCUUGGAGAGAGAACGGCGGAGAGUCAACAUCACGGGAAAGGCCCCCAACAUCCUCUUCUACGUGGGCUCUGCCCCCCAGAAAUCCCUGGGCAGGUUCCAGGAGGUCCGGUCCGUUCUGGCAGACUGUGUGGACACCGACAGCUAUACGCUCUACCACCUGUCAAGGGAAAGUGCUCUCAGAGACCCGUGGUCAGACAACUGUCUGUUGUUGGUCAUUGCCACCCAGGAGGCUAUUCCUGAAGACCUUUCCCAGAAGUUCAUGGCCUACCUUUCUCAGGGAGGGAAAGUGUUAGGCCUGUGUUCGUCCUUCACAUUUGCUAGCUUCCAGGUGACGAGCAAGAGUGUGCUCAAGGAAACCGUCCAGAACUUGGUUUUCUCCAAGGCUGACCACACCCAGGUGAAGCUCAGCGUCCUGAGCAGUGGCUACGUUUUUGAGGAAAGCCCUGGGGAGCGCCGCAGCCUGGGCAAGCUGCAGGGUCACCUGGAGAAUGGGGACAAGGACAGGCUGAUAGUGCAGGUGCCUUUUGGAACUCGUGGAGGAGAAGCUGUUCUUUGCCAGGUGCACUUAGAACUACCUCCCAGUUCUUCAGUGGUGCAAGCCCAAGAAGAUUUUGAUCUGCUCAAAUCAAGCAAUAUUAGAAGAUAUGAAGUCCUUAGGGAGAUCCUGACAACGCUCGGCCUAAACUGUGACAUCAAACACGUUCCUGCCUUAACCCCUCUUUACUUACUGCCUGCGACUGAGGAAAUCUGGGAUCCUCUUAUGCGGUGGCUGGGGAAGCAUGUGGAUCCUGAAGGAGUCAUAAAAUCCAGCAAGCUCUCCCUUAAGUUUCUUUCAUCCUACACGUCUGAAAUAGAAAUCAAUCCAUCUGCCCUACCUGUGGUGACUGACGUGGAGGCCUUCUCUUCAGAAAAUUUUAACUUAGACAUCUACCGACAGAAUCUGCAGACAGAGCGACUUGGAAAAGUAAUUCUGUUUGCCGAAGUGACGCCUACCACGAUGAACCUUCUGGACGGGUAA